UGAAAAACCAUUAAACCAAACAACAUGAACAUUUCACAGCCCAAUAAACUCUGAAGGACCUGACACCUCAACCAUGGCUGCAAUUCUUCGUGCUACGCUGAGUUCAAUUGCAGCUUCUCACUCCACGAUUAACGCAUCACUUUCUCAGAGUCAGCGCUUCACCCUUAACGCCGGUGGAUUCUGUAGAGGUCUGGCCUCUAAAUCUUCGCAGCAAACCGCUACCAAAUCUCCAUUCAACUCAAACUUACUUAGAAUCCUCCAUAAUGAAAUCGAUUACCUCUGCGCCUAUGCCCCUCCCCAACGGAUUGCUGCAACUUUCAAUGAAUUUACAGUUGAAGACCACCCAGCUGAGCAGUGGGUUACCUUAAAGAGGAAGUUUCAAGAUGAUGAAGACAUCAAAAUUGAAGCAACAAUGUUUGAUGGUUCGAUUCCUGUUGCCCCCAAAUCUGGAGAUGAAAGUAAUGAAGAUGUGCGACUUCACAUUAGCUUGCUAGUGGACAUAUGGAAGAAGGGUGGGCGUGAUUCAUUGGAGUUUGUGUGCUCAGCCUGGCCAGAUUCUUUGGAAGUUCAGAAUGUCUAUAUUUUCAAGCGAGAAGGAUUGCAACCAUCACAGCCAUAUAUGGGACCCAACAUUAAGAAUUUGAAUAAUAAGCUGCAGGAUGGAGUGUAUGAAUUCUUGGAGAGCAGGGGAAUAGAUGGUGAACUUUCUGCAUUCUUACACAAUUAUAUGAUGAACAAAGAUAAAACCGAACUUAUUCGGUGGCUCAGAAGAAUCAAGUCUUUUAUAGAGGAAUGAUUAUGAAAGCAACUUAUUUGCCUACUGGAUUUGUUAUGUACAGAGUAUGUCUGAUGCACUGAUACAUUUGUUGAUUUGUGUUAAAUCUGGAUUACUAGAGUCUGUUGCUUUUUUGUUUUAUCAUUGGCCUAGAGUUUAACCUGUCAAUGGAUGGGUCGAGAAUUGAGACUCACUUCCAACCCGUAAGGCCGUAAUCAUCAUUCUAUUAUUGUUGGAACCCACAGUAUCGUACUGAGCGGUCUGAGCCUUCUAAUGCAGAGUAGAUUUGUUCUGAUACAUGUGUAUAUGAGUGAGAGAGCCUUUUAUUUUCCAAAUAUGAGUUUAGUGUUUUAUUUUGUAAAACAUAUUGGGGUUUUGACCUGAAUAUUAUUUAUUUAUUUAUUUAUUGAGAAACCUGAAUAUUAUUAAAAUGUGGAUAAUGAAC